AUGUGUCAAAUCCACCAUGUCAAUGUGGUUCGCUUGGUUGGAAUUUGUGCCGACGGAUUUAUUCGUGCUCUUGUUUACGAAUACUUACCAAAUGGUUCUUUGCAAAAUUUCUUAUCAUCAGCAGAUAAUAAGAAUUCAUUCAUUGGUUGGGAUAAGUUGCAAGAUAUCGCUCUAGGAAUAGCUAAAGGAAUUGAAUAUCUUCACCAAGGAUGCGACCAACGAAUCCUGCACUUUGAUAUCAAACCACAAAAUGUAUUGCUAGACCAAGAUUUCACUCCAAAAGUUUCUGAUUUUGGUUUAGCCAAGUUUUGUGCUAAGGAUCAAAGUGCAAUAUCGAUGACUACAGCUAGGGGGACCAUGGGCUACAUUGCACCUGAAAUCUUCUCAAGGAACUUCGGCAAUGUCUCUUAUAAGUCGGAUGUCUAUAGUUUUGGAAUAUUGUUGCUUGAAAUGGUUGGAGGCAAAAAAAACUUUAAAGUCAUGGAAGACGCCACUAGCCAUGUCUACUUCCCAGAAUGGAUCUAUAACCUUUUAGAGCAAGGCAACGACCUACGAAUCCAUAUCGGUGACGACGAAGUAGAU